GCGGGGGGAACUCAAGGCCUGCUUGAUACGUCCGCCAUUUUGGGCGCUUUGCUGAUGGUGUCGGUGAGCGCGUUUCCCGCCUGAGCGCAACUAGCGGCGGGUCGUGGGCACCUCCAGGCUCAAAAGGAAAGAACAUCUCCCAGGACCAGAUGUGGAGUAGUUGGGAAUUGGAGAGAAGCUGAAGGCCAGGCCCAGCACCAGGCGCAGGGCCCAGGCACUGCGGGGGUCCCAGCCAUUAACAGAGCUUCAUGCAGGAGAGCUUGUUUCAUAUCCAUAUCCCACUUUAUUCCUGCUAAUCUUCUAAUGCGGUAAAUUGGAGGAAAUCUGUUACCAGGAUAACCUGUAAUGGGCAAGGAGCCACCAAGAAGAAAACAUUUCUUUUAAUUUUUAAACUUGUUUUGAAAGACCAGCAUGUUUUGGAAAUUUGAUCUUCACUCAUCAUCCCACAUAGACACACUUCUAGAAAGAGAAGAUGUAACACUGAAGGAGUUAAUGGAUGAGGAAGAUGUUUUACAGGAAUGUAAAGCUCAGAACCGCAAACUUAUAGAGUUUCUGUUAAAAGCAGAAUGUCUCGAAGAUUUAGUCUCAUUCAUUAUAGAAGAACCACCUCAAGACAUGGAUGAAAAGAUCAGAUACAAGUAUCCAAAUAUAUCUUGUGAGUUGCUCACUUCUGAUGUCUCCCAGAUGAAUGAUAGACUGGGAGAAGAUGAAUCCUUGCUAAUGAAAUUAUAUAGCUUCCUCCUAAACGAUUCCCCUUUGAACCCACUACUUGCCAGUUUCUUCAGCAAGGUGCUAAGUAUUCUUAUCAGCAGAAAACCAGAACAGAUUGUGGAUUUCUUAAAGAAGAAGCAUGAUUUUGUAGACCUUAUUAUAAAGCACAUAGGAACUUCUGCUAUCAUGGAUUUGUUGCUCAGGCUCCUGACAUGUAUUGAACCUCCACAGCCCAGGCAAGAUGUACUGAAUUGGUUAAAUGAGGAGAAAAUUAUCCAGAGGCUUGUGGAAAUAGUUCAUCCAUCGCAAGAAGAAGAUCGACAUUCAAAUGCAUCACAAUCACUUUGUGAAAUUGUUCGCCUGAGCAGAGACCAGAUGUUACAAAUUCAGAACAGUACAGAGCCCGACCCCCUGCUUGCCACUCUAGAAAAGCAAGAAAUUAUAGAGCAGCUUCUAUCAAAUAUUUUCCACAAGGAGAAAAAUGAAUCAGCCAUAGUCAGUGCAAUCCAGAUAUUGCUGACUUUACUUGAGACACGGCGACCAACAUUCGAAGGCCAUAUAGAAAUCUGCCCACCAGGCAUGAGCCAUUCAGCUUGUUCAGUAAACAAGAGUGUUCUAGAAGCCAUCAGAGGAAGACUUGGAUCUUUUCAUGAACUCCUGCUGGAGCCACCCAAGAAAAGUGUGAUGAAGACCACAUGGGGUGUGCUGGAUCCUCCUGUGGGGAAUACCCGGUUGAAUGUCAUUAGAUUGAUAUCCAGCCUGCUUCAAACCAAUACCAGCAGUAUAAAUGGGGACCUUAUGGAGCUGAAUAGCAUUGGAGUCAUAUUGAACAUGUUCUUCAAAUAUACAUGGAAUAACUUUUUGCAUACACAAGUGGAAAUUUGUAUUGCACUGAUUCUUGCAAGUCCAUUUGAAAACACAGAAAAUGCCACAAUUACUGAUCAAGACUCCACUGGUGAUAAUUUGUUAUUAAAACAUCUUUUCCAAAAAUGUCAAUUAAUAGAACGAAUACUUGAAGCCUGGGAAAUGAAUGAGAAGAAACAGGCUGAGGGAGGAAGAAGGCAUGGUUACAUGGGACACCUGACGAGGAUAGCUAACUGUAUCGUGCAUAGCACUGAUAAGGGCCCCAACAGUGCAUUAGUGCAGCAGCUUAUCAAAGAUCUUCCCGACGAAGUCAGGGAACGAUGGGAGACAUUCUGCACAAGCUCCUUAGGAGAAACUAACAAGAGGAACACGGUAGAUCUAGUUACAACCUGCCAUAUUCAUUCAUCCAGUGAUGAUGAAAUUGACUUUAAAGAAACGGGUUUCUCACAGGAUUCUUCUUUGCAGCAAGCCUUUUCUGAUUAUCAGAUGCAACAAAUGACGUCCAAUUUUAUUGACCAGUUCGGCUUCAACGAUGAGAAGUUUGCAGAUCAAGAUGACAUUGGCAAUGUUUCUUUUGAUCGAGUAUCAGACAUCAACUUUACUCUCAAUACAAAUGAAAGUGGAAAUAUUGCCUUGUUUGAAGCAUGUUGUAAGGAAAGAAUACAACAGUUUGAUGAUGGUGGCUCUGAUGAGGAAGAUAUAUGGGAGGAAAAGCACAUUGCAUUCACACCAGAAUCCCAAAGACGAUCCAGCUCGGGGAGUACAGACAGUGAGGAAAGUACAGACUCUGAAGAAGAAGAUGGAGCAAAGCAAGACUUGUUUGAAUCCAGCAGUGCUAACAUGGAGGAUAAAAUGGAGGUGGAUCUGAGUGAACCACCCAACUGGUCAGCUAACUUUGAUGUCCCAAUGGAAACUACCCACGGUGCUCCACUGGACUCUGUGGGAUCUGACGUCUGGAGCACAGAGGAGCCAAUGCCAACGAAAGAGACAGGCUGGGCUUCUUUUUCAGAGUUCACGUCUUCCCUGAGCACAAAAGAUUCUUUAAGGAGUAAUUCUCCAGUGGAAAUGGAAACCAGCACUGAACCUAUGGACCCUCUGACUCCCAGUGUGGCUGCUCUGGCAGCGCAGCCAGAAGUGCCAGGCAGUGUGGCCAUGGAAGCCAGCUCUGACGGAGAGGAGGAUGCAGAAAGUACAGACAAGGUAACUGAGACAGUGAUGAAUGGCGGCAUGAAGGAAACGCUCAGCCUCACUGUAGAUGCCAAGACAGAGACUGCGGUCUUCAAAAGAGUGUUGAAAUCCUAUCGUGAGGAAGGGAAACUGUCUACCUCUCAAGAUGCUGCUUGUAAAGACGCGGAGGAGAGCCCCGAGACUGCAGAGGCAAAGUGUGCCGCUCCCCGACCUCCCAGCAGUAGUCCCGAGCAGAGGACUGGCCAGCCAAGCGCACCGGGUGACACUUCAGUGAAUGGCCCUGUAUGACGGGUGACGUCUGCUGCUGCUGACUGAGGACUGCAGACCGCCACCACUCAGGGGCUCUGGAGGGGUCAGCUGGAGCCCACCAAGCUGUCACUGCUGCACUCACUCUGCAAGGGAUCAGGACCAGCAACCUUUAUAUUCUAGAUUCUAAGACAUUGUACAGAGAAAUUCAGAAGUGUAAAAAUAUUGCACAUUGACAAAUACCAAGAAUUUUUGCGUAUGUUUAUAUUGUAUUGUUCUAAAUAAUGGGUAGCCUGUGAAAUAAGAUCUUGCCACCCAUGUAAUAAUAGUAGUAAUACUAUAGUUAAAAUGGCUGUAAUAAUAGUUUUAUAAAAGUGAAUACACAGAUCUAUUGUAUUUGAAACAUAACUAUUUGACAAUUAUUAGUGUGACCAAAGUAUUAGGCGGUUUUCAUACAUUUUUCACCUUGUACAAAAUUAUGAAUUCAUUUUUCUUCCAGGCUGGCAAGGAGUUGUAGAAUGAAAAUGCCCUCUGUUAUUUUGGUUGUUCUAACUUACAAAAGUGAUUUUGAAUAAGAAAUAUUUGGUGUUCUUUUUAUAACCAGUUUUCGAUUGAUAAUUGUUUUCUGUAUUGUUUAAAAUGGAUCAAAAAUGUAAGUCUAUUGGUAGAGAUUAAGUAUUUAUUGCUACAUCAUAGUUGAUAAAUUGAUGUUAUUGUAAAGCCAUAUGUUCUGUUCAAGUCUUGUUUGCUUGAAAUGAUUAUUCCUACAAGUGAAACACUAGACUAUUUGGAGUGUAUAUGGCUUGUGUUUGGGUUUUUUUUUCUUUUUUUUUUGGCUUUUGUUUUUGUUUUUUGUUUCGUUUGGUAGUUCAUCUGCCUUUUAACCCAUUCACCAAAAUUUACCUUGUUAACAAGCAUCACCAAUGAACAUUUCAGAGCAAUCUGCAUAUUUAACAGACCUAAAUCCUAUUAGGCAAGUCAGUUGAAAAUGCUCGUGCUGCUAAUGGAAUUAGAGUGCGUUCAUUUUACAGGCUAGUAUUUUAAAAGUAGAAAUCAAAAUCUGGCACCGAAGCAUGCUAAUUGUUUACUGUACCUUGUGAGGUUUUCACUCAUAAAUUUAAACCAGUGUAUUUUUUUAGAACUGGUUUGUGUAUAUAUAUAGUGAUUAUGGAUACUAAUUCAAUGUAAUUUAUAAUUUUCUAUGUCAAUAUAAAAAUACAUCAUAGCCUUCUCAAACAGCUGAAGCAAUAUAUUGUAUAUUGCCAUAUCGUCUGGUGAAAGGGUUAAAUUACUUCACCUCUUGCACUUUUAGAUGCAAAUCAGUUUUUCAUUUCUGUAAUAGAAAAUUAUUCACGUAUUUUUACAUCAUUUGUUUUUCCUGACCAGUAUUUAAAACCAAAAGGAUAUUCUGAAAAAUGGCCAACAAUUUUUUUAGAAAUAGCAUCCCAAGCAGCGUGCCUAAACAUUACAUUGCAUAUGGAAAUAAAAGAAUCAAACGUCUAAUGCCUUAUUUCUGAUUUCCUUUUUCAUUUGAAGUGGUGUAGAGACUCCAGCACUCACAGGACAGUGGAGUCAGCAGUAAGCCCUGGGACAGGUGGCAAGAGUGGCUCCCUUGACCUUUGCACGCCUCCUGAGGAACCCACUUUCCCGGGUGAGCUCCUCUCUGAAGAGACUGUCCUCGGGCCUCCUCUGGAAUCAGCACUGCCAGAGGACAGGGCUCCUCCUGCUUGCCUCAGGACUGCCUGGCUUGUGUGGCAUUGGACUUCGGGAAUUGCUGGUAGAUAACAUGCUCUGGUCUCACCUGGUGGCAAGCUUUGCCAGCCCUGGCCAGGGUUUGGCUCCAGUGGUGGCACAUGUGGCCUCCGUGGUAUGGACCUGGUGGCUUCUCCAUCCCACCGUGGCCUCCGUGGUAUGGACCAGGUGGCCUCUGCGGUAUGGACCAGGUGGCUUCUCCAUCCCACCGUGGCCUCCGUGGUAUGGACCAGGUGACUUCUCCAUCCCACCCAAGGUAACAGUGUCUCGCUUCACCCACAGGCUGCUAGUGAGGGAGCCUCUGGUACUUUUCUUUGGGGCAGCAUUUUGUUUUGUCUUUCGUGGCAGGGAAAGGAUGUGAUGAUGGGGAGGACAGUUCUUUUGGAGGUUGGAGGGGCCAAGCCAAGGACAGGAGCGAGCGUGCCCUCAUUUUGUUUCUACUUUAAUUUCUGUGUGUCGGCCAUACUGAAUUAUGAGACUAACAGAUGUCUACAAUACAAUACCUGUAUUCAAAAUAACAAAAAUAAAGCCUGAUUCUUUGUUUCUAGAAA